UGGAAAAGAAACAGCGGACGCGUCUUCGAGUCGUCGCCAGUGAACGGUGUACUCUCGUUUUUCGAGAAAGGGUUUGAGUGAUAGUUCUGUUAUUGCCUGCUAAUUUCAUAACGAAAUACAAACAAAGUUAGAAACCAUACAAAACGACGAUCAGUAUGAUAAUCUUGGGUGUGAAUUUUUGCGGUGGCAGUGUAAGCAGUGCGACGGACAGUGUGAUCAAAUUCGGUGAAAAAACGGCCGAUUUUUCGUUGUCUUCUGACAGUAUAAGUGACAGUUUUUCGGGGUGGAGUAUUAUGGUGAGGAGGAGUCCUUCACUAACUGAUUGUUUGGAGGGGGAGGAUGACUUGGACGGGAGAGAUGACGUAUUGCUGGUCACCGGGCUUUCCAACAUGAAGAAAAACGCCGAAGCCAGACUAUGGGCCAAACGCCAGGCCAGGGCCGAGGCGCGCGAGAUCAGGAUGCGCGAGCUGGAGCGCAUCCAGCGCGAGCAGGAGGAGAACGCGGACCGCCAGUUCGACAUGCUGGCGGCGGCCACCACCGAACCGCCCCCUCUGCGUGGGAGACCUUCUGCGGGUGCGGGGAGCGGUAGACACAGGCCUGCCUCGCGGAGGAGCUCGGAGGAUUCGCUGGAGGACGGCGGCGGGGGAGGCGGAGGCAGUUUGAGGGAGCUGAGGCAUGAACUGAAAGAAGUAGAAGAAAAAUUCCGGAAAGCUAUGAUAGCGAAUGCCCAGCUGGACAACGACAAGACCUCUCAAACGUACCAAUUAGAACUCCUCAAAGAUAAGUUAGAAGAACUUGAAGAGGAACAUUCCCAAUUGAAAAGGGAGCACAGAGAUAAAUGUAGGGAACACGACCAACUCAAGAGGCUCUGCGCGCAGCUCAAAGACGACGUUUGCGCGUUGAAGUACGAACUGGACGAACGGGAUAGGCUAAUAGCAGAGAAAGGGCUAGUGUUGAUAAUCGGCGAACCCGGAGAAGACGGGGAACCACCCAAAAAAGCUUUGGUUCAAGCGGACAACGCUAAGUUGUUGGAGGAAGCAGGUGACGGUAGUUUAGAUGUACGAUUAGCCAAAUUCGCGAAAGAAAAGAUAGAUCUGCAAGAUCAAAUUAGUAGUUUAAAAUUAAAAAUAGAAGAGGAAAGAAAUAGACGGCGGAAGUCCAGUUCUAGCGGAUUAUUAAAUGGACCUUCAUCGGACUAUGAUCUGGACGACCUACAGAGAGAAGCCAGUAAACAAUUGGCCGACUAUAAAUUUAGGGCGCAGAAAGCGGAACAAGACGUGGCAACGUUGCAAGCCACCGUUGCCAGGUUGGAGAGUCAGGUGAUCAGGUACAAAACGGCUGCCGAAGUGUCGGAACAGUCGGAGGAGGCGUUGAAAUCUGAAAAAAGAAAGUUGCAACGAGAGGUCAGCAACUUGUCUCAAAAAAUAAUGCUGUUAGAAGCUUCGACCACUGCUCUGAAACAGCAACAGAAACGAUUGUACCAACGAACCACUACGGGUUCGGUAUUUUAGUAAACCUGCAGACGUCCUUAGUCACACUUAGCUGUUGUGUAACGCUAGAGAAGCUCAAAACAGGGCAGAAGAACUAGAAACGUCCAACACUCACUUGCUGAAACGACUGGACAAGUUAAAAAAUGCCAAAUCGGCACUUUUGAAAGAACUUUGACAGCCGUUGAAGCGCUGAGAUCGACAUUUAUUUAAAAAUAUUCCGUUAGAUUCCGCAAAAUAUCGUGACAAGAAUGUAUAAUUUGUACUUUAAUUUUUUUUAUAUUUUUCAUCGAAAAAAUAAACUUACUCAGAAGAAAAAACGUCUUCGCGAACAGAAGAUUAUUUUUAUUGAUAUAAUUAUUAUUAUUACAGGGAAGACUUCAAUGUGUGUUGUAAUAGAAAGUUACUAUUAGAAUUUUUUUAAUUGAGAUUUGUAUAUAAAAAACGUUUUUUUUUUUCAAAGUCACAAAACUGAAUAAAGAAAGAAGAGCAAGUAUUUUUCCAAGCGCAUUGAAAUGUAACGUCAAAUUAAGUUGUUAUGUAAUAAAUACUUUAUUAAUUACGAAUUUUUGCUCUCCUAGACUCCUAGACAUAUAAACACUGACAAGGUUUCGCUUGCCAGUGCGGUAUAUCUUUUUGAAUCGCCCUGUGUAAUGAUUACUGCAAUGCAAAGAAGUCUUCUCUGUAUUUUUGUUACCUAUUAGUCAGUACUUUAACCCUAACUAAAAUCUUUCCUUUUCUUUAUUUAUUUAUAUUCAAAGACAACCAAAUAAAGGGAGACAAAACUAUUUACGUUUUACAGCGGUCAAACAUCGUUUUCAACAAAAAGCGAUAAUGCCAAAUUUCUGCGGAUUGCGUUAGAUUUACGAUUUGUGUUUGAAAACAAAGUAUGUUAUUAUUUUUAUUAAUGGAUGUUUGGGUAUCUAUAGAAAGUUUCUUCAAGUAGAAACGGCGUACUAAAUACCGUAUGAUCGAAAAAAAACCGCGUCAGCGAUGGCUGUUGAAAUGAAGAUUUCAUAUGUGAUCAUUUUAUAUGUAAAUUUAUAUUGGAAAUGUCCUAGAUCGUCAUUUCCCAGCCAACUGGACGCCGUUGUUUUUUCGAUCAUAUGGUAUAUGUCUAGGUAAAUCAUUUUAGUUAAAAUACAUGGAUUGUACCUUUGAAAUUAUUUAUAGGAAAGUGUAACUGUGACAACGCUGCUCCAGGAAUACUGUUAUUACGGCAGCGUUGCCAUAUUUAUAUACCCAUCUCUUUUUAACUCACAUAAAAGUGUUAAAGUGUGUAUGAUCGUGAACAAAAAUUGAGUUUAA